GGCUAGUCGUAAAGUGCAGCAAAAGGCGCCUGCGUUUUGCGGCGCCGUAGGUGAGGCCGGCAGCGUGGGACCUGCUUCACCGGAAAGGCCAGCUGCAAUUAGGACUUGGUGGAGCAUAGGGGACCAGCUAGCAUUCUCUCAUCGGUCACCCAGUUCGAAAUGCUUUACCUGAUCGGCUUGGGCCUGGGAGAUGCCAAGGACAUCACAGUGAAGGGACUGGAAGUUGUAAGACGCUGCAGUCGAGUGUAUCUGGAAGCCUACACCUCAGUCCUGACUGUAGGGAAGGAAUCCCUGGAAGACUUUUAUGGAAGAAAAUUGAUUCUUGCUGAUAGAGAAGAAGUGGAACAAGAAGCAGAUAAUAUUUUAAAGGAUGCUGAUAUCAGUGAUGUUGCAUUCCUUGUGGUUGGUGAUCCAUUUGGAGCUACGACACAUAGCGAUCUCAUUCUGAGAGCAGCAAAGUUGGGCAUCCCUUAUCGUGUUAUACAUAAUGCCUCCAUCAUGAAUGCUGUAGGCUGCUGUGGUUUACAGUUAUAUAAAUUUGGCGAGACAGUUUCUAUUGUUUUUUGGACAGACACUUGGAGACCAGAAAGCUUUUUUGACAAAGUCAAAAAGAACAGACAGAAUGGCAUGCACACAUUAUGCUUACUAGACAUCAAAGUAAAGGAGCAGUCUUUGGAAAAUCUAAUCAAGGGCAGGAAGAUUUAUGAACCUCCUCGCUAUAUGCAUGUAAACCAAGCAGCCCAGCAACUUCUGGAAAUUGUUCAAAAUCAAAGAUUACGAGGAGAAGAACCAGCAAUCACAGAGGAGACACUCUGUGUUGGCUUAGCCAGGGUUGGAGCUGAAGACCAAAAAAUAGUAGCAGGCACUUUACAACAGAUGUGUACUGUGGACUUGGGAGAACCAUUGCAUUCCUUGGUUAUCACAGGAGGCAGCUUGCAUCCACUUGAGAUGGAGAUGUUAAGUCUGUUUUCCAUACCAGAAAACACCUCAGAAUCCCAAAGCAUCGAUGGACUCUGAACAUGGACAUUUUCUACUCUGGCACAUUAAUUUCAGUUAGAUAUGGAUAUACACAUCUUUGUAUAACAAAUUAAGCAGGUCUUUUGUUUUAACUGGUAAGUAUAAAACAAAUAAGCAAGAAGAAAGAAACCAACAAUGCUUGAUUUCCGGUGGCAAUAAAUUUUCCCCAUGUUAUCAUCACUUGUUGCUAUUUUGUCAGCUUUUCAAGAUGUACACACAUGGAGCAAGUUAAGCUGGAAAACUUGUAAAUUGACGUCCAUAGAAUCAUUUUAAAAGCAGAUUUUGUCUUUGAGAGCAGUAAUAUAAGGUAGUUGGUGCAGAGUAUAACUUAGAGGAGGUGUAAGGUGAAUCACUUGAAUCCUAGUUUUAAAGGGUAAGAAAUGUAGGAGUGGCAAGUAAAGCAAAUAAAAGAACUAGUAACAAACA